CUCUCUCUAACACACGCUCUCACAUUCGCGAACAAGCCCUAAUUCAGAUCUGUUUCCUUUCCUCUCUUCCGCGCUCCGAAACGCAGCGUUUCGUCCAUCCUCAGGUUCCGCAAGUGUUUUGGAUAUUUACCGCAUAGGAGUAUAGGCGAAGACUAAAGUGUUGAUUCCUUGAAACGAGUAAUUCAGUGGUUGGUAAUUCUUGAUAGAUUUUCGGGGAAUAUCGGAAGUAUACUGUGCAAAGAUUGUGAUUUGGGAGUAGAGCAAUAGAGCAUCCAUAUGGAGUUACGGUGUUGUGGUCAGCUUCAUUGCAUCCAGGCCAUUAAAGGUGGUUUAGUUACAAAAGUUCCAAAUGUUGCUCGUGGACAACCAAAACUCAAAUUUAAAAAGUUCACAGACAUAUAUGAUGACUUAUUGUCUCAUAAUGAUGAUGGAAUUGUUGAAAGAUCAUGCUCUGAUUUAAUUGAGGAAAGCACUAUGAAAACCAUGCCUGAUGCUUCAGUAUGUAAUGUCAAUGAUGGUGAUGAUCAGAGAAUCAAUAACUUGGAUGAUGACGACUUUGACAAUUUUACCCUAACGCAAAUUAGAGAAAGUUGCAAAACAAGGAAGAGAAAACACUCACAAUGUCUCGACUCAUCUGAAAGAAACAUAAAAAUUGAAGAUUUUUCAUUCCCGGAGGACUACGGAAAGGAGCAAAUGGUAGUAGAUGAUUCUGAUUUCAUGGAGACUCUCAGCAGCUGGAAAUCUAAAAUAUCAAAGAAUACGAAGGCGAAGAAGAAAAGGUGUUUUAAAGACGCAAUCUCUACUAAUACCCUAGAGAUUAUGUUAGUUGUCAAAUCUGAAGAGAUCCUGAUCAGUCAUGAGUUACCACCCUCUACUGAAGAUAUCCAAAACGGUCAAGAGUUUCCGCCCUCAAGUGGAGAGAUCCAAGACGGUCAAGUGUGCUCACCCUCUAGUGAAGAGAUCCAAGACGGUCAAGAGUUUCCACCCUCUAGUGAAGUGAUCGUAACCGAUCAAGAAAUCCCAUCCUCUAGUGGAUAUUCAUCUGCCCUCAUUGAAGUAAAAUCUGAGGUUCCUGAAACUGAUUGUUUUGGCGAGCAGGAUAACUAUUCUAUUAUAGAGAGCCAAGAAGCAGAGAUAAUCUACGAAUGGAAUUUGGAGAAUGAAUUAAAUAAUGUGUGGCAAGAGCGUGUUGAGCUUAUUCCAUUACAAAUGGUGAGGCCAUCUAGUAUGGAUAUUGUAAUCAGUAGUAAUACAGGACUAAGCAAUGACCAAUCUCCAUUCAUGCCUGCAAUAGAAUUUGAAAGUGAAGAGUGUAUCAUCCAUCCAGAUCUUCAUUACAUAUCCCCACAAGUACUCGCUCUGGUUGAAGGUCGUAGCUCUGAUAUUUAUGACAGUCAACCCGGUGGUGACACCGACACCGCAGUCUCACUAUCUAAUGAGCCUACUAAAGACCUUGAAUACAUAGAUGUAGAGCUUAAAGAUGAUAAUACUUUCCUCGGUGACUGCAAUAAUGAUGAAUUUACAACUGGUUCCGAGGAUCCGGUAAAACCCAGCUCUACUACUGAAGAUGGCCCCAAUUCUGAUGAAUUUACAACUGAUUCUGAGAAUCAGGUAGAACCCAGUUCUACCAUUGAACAUGGCCCCAUUUCUGAUGGAUGUCUGGUUCGUUGCUCAGAUGAUAUCCCUGAUUAUGAGAAGCAAUCAUUUGCUUCAGUAAACAUUGAUGAGAAGAGACAUAUCAGUGAGGCUACUGAUGAAUUGACUUCCUGGGAUGAAUUUAAUGGUAGUUCAAAGCUGCAUCGUCCUGAAAGGCUUCCAUCUACCAGAAAGGCAAUUUCACCAUCUUCUCAGGAAAGGCUCUGUAAAGCCAGGCAGUCCGUUGAUUUGAAUCAUAAAAACAAAUUGAAAUGGAAGGGAAAACUAUGCUUUUCUGAGCAGACUGAUAAGAUGAAUGGUACAGCUGAAGAAACGCUUGAUGAUGUCACAGGAGCACGAUUUACUGAUAUCCCUAACAAAAUUAGUGUUAUUCCUAGGACUUCUAAAAGAGUUUCCCAUCCAAAAGGAAUUUCCAAGAUUCCUCAUACUUCUCGCCAAGCAUCUCGCAUAGGGUGCAGCACUGUACAGAGUUGCUCAAAGAGUGCAAUUGCAUUUACACAGCAGCAGAUGCAUGAUGUAGAAAGCCUUGCUAUGAAACUCACAAGGGAAUUGAAUUCAAUGAAGGACAUUGUGGAUGAUAUGUUACGAUCUGAAUUCUGUCUAAACACGUCCUUGAGACAUAAAGUAAAUGAGGCAAGAAUGGCUGUUAAGAAUGCCACAAGGGCAGAAGAAGCUGCAAAACGAUGCCUGGCCUUCAUGUCAAGGGAUUGCAGCCGUUUCUGCAAGAUAAUGAAAUUAGCUGAUGAUGGUCCACCUCCUCAAGAUGUAGUGCCUCAAGUAGUGCGUAAAGAGAGGAAAAAAAUAGCCUUUGCUGAUGAAGCAGGUGGAAAGCUGUGCCAAUUUAUGUUCUAUGAGGAUGAUGGGGUAUCAUUAUCAGAAUCUAAUUGAAAGUUCUAAUAACGUGCCAUUUUCUGUAUAUCCUACUUAAUUUUCGGUGCCUUGCCAUUGAAAUAGUUCGCUGUAGAAAUGUCUCAAAUUUACUGGGGAAUGGUUGUUGGUUCCCUCCAAUGUCGGGAAGUUAAUUCAAUUGAUAAUGUGUGUAACAGAGUUAAACCAUUUUUUCAAUGAGGGAUUUAUGCUUC